AUGACUGUGUUCAAGUUGGUGAUGAUAAAGUACCCAGCUUUAUUCUUCGGAUUACCUCUGCACGCUUGGUUCACAAUCAUCAUUUGGACAAACGCACGUACAAUCAGUCCACAUGUGCGCGCUGCACUCGAGCCAGAAGUGGUGACCAAGGUGAAUGAGCUCCGGAAAGCUGGCGCAAAGAAGAAACGCAUCCUCAAGUACAUUCAAGAAAACUCUGAGUGCAAUCCGUUAACACAGGACGUGCACAAUAUGAUAAUCGCCACUUGCAUUACUUUGCAGACUGGGCACAUGCGCUCGCUGUUUGACCGUUUCCCCGAGGUGUUCAUGAUCGACGCGACGCACGGUACAAACGCGUCCAAGUACAAGUCACGCGUGCUGGGUUUGACUGCGAAAGAGUGCUUAAGGGAAGAUAUAAUGCACCUGGUGCUGUUGAAGAAAUUUGGAGGCGAUCCUAACGUAUGUGGGAAGAAGAUCUCCGCAGCAAACUAUCGGAUCUAA